CUUCACCGAGAUCCGCCGAACUCGGCAACCUCAUCCUCCUCGCUGCUCUGUUCCCCACGGCAAUUCUCCUUCGCCCCUUUCUUGCGCAGACGUCCGUGCUCUUAAUCGUGUUUUUCCGUGCCAACUGUACACUCAGGGACCCUGUUUGGCCCAGCUCCCUUCUGGCUUGUCGCGCAAAAAUUUUUCAGAAGCAUUUUUCUUUUUUUUUAAAGCUGUGGCCUCAAUAUGUCACAAGAGCAGCCUCUACCGUUCGUAUACCAGUUCGCUGCAGGAGCAGUGGCUGGUAUAUCUGAAAUUCUCGUAAUGUAUCCAUUGGAUGUUGUGAAGACGAGAGUUCAGCUUCAAGAAGGCGCCGGCGCAGGAGAGGAGGCAUACAAAGGCAUGGUAGACUGCUUCCGCAAAAUUAUUAAAAAUGAAGGUUUCUCCCGUCUAUAUCGUGGAAUCACGGCCCCUAUUCUGAUGGAGGCCCCAAAGCGAGCGACUAAAUUCGCUGCAAAUGACAGUUGGGGCUCCUUUUAUCGAAACCUUUUCGGUAUGGAGAAGACGAACCAACCUCUCGCGGUCCUCACUGGCGCCACCGCUGGUGCCACGGAAUCGUUCGUCGUCGUUCCCUUUGAGCUCGUCAAGAUUCGUCUACAGGACAAAGCAUCCGCCGGUAAAUACAGCGGAAUGCUUGACGUAGUGAGCAAAAUAGUGAAGCAGGAAGGCCCUCUUGCGUUAUACAAUGGUCUUGAAUCUACACUUUGGCGUCAUAUUCUUUGGAACGCUGGAUACUUCGGUUGUAUUUUCCAGAUCCGCUCCCAAUUACCGCAGCCAGAACCAGGAAACAAGACCCAGCAGAUGCGAAAUGACCUGAUCGCAGGUUCAAUUGGGGGAACUGCUGGAACCCUUGUGAAUACUCCGAUGGAUGUCGUCAAGUCCCGCAUCCAAAACAGCCCAAAGACUGCCGGGUCAGUGCCAAAGUACAACUGGGCAUGGCCAGCUCUAGGCACCAUUAUGAGGGAAGAAGGUUUCGGGGCGCUUUAUAAGGGAUUCACUCCUAAGGUGCUAAGACUUGGUCCCGGUGGAGGAAUUCUUCUUGUUGUUUUCACCACUGUCACAGACUUCUUUCGGAAGUUGAGAGGGGAGUAAAUAUGAGUUGUAUCUCUCAUUUGACCCUCUUUCUCCCUUACCGUGACGACCGAAUUCGCAAAUGUUUUGGAAUUUUACUGGGACAGACGCCAUCCUAGCGAGUUCGUGUUUUAAGACAAUAUAGAGGAGCAGUGGUGGGGGUUGGCCUAA